AUGGACAAAGAUUGCGACAUGGUUUAUAAAAAUAUUUCUGACCUUUACAAAUCCGAAGAAUUUAAGACAUACGAUAACUUUGUUUCAUUAGUUGCAAAAUGUGUAUGGCAGAUAAGAGAUAAAGAUAGAAGAGGUAAAGUAUGGAAUGAACAGAUAAAACCAGCAGCUUUUGAGUUAAAGAAAACCAUUGACGCCUUAGUUGUUCUAGCUGGUUUUAUUUCAAUGUAUAACGCAAAAACGAUGCCGCAAUGUUCAAAAUGUAAAGCAGCAAUAAGAAAAUAUAACUACUCAGUCAAAGAGAUAGAAAGAAUGCGAAACGACUAUUCAGACUUAAAGAAAGAAGCAGAAAAGCCAGCAGAAGAUAAAAUGGAUAUGUUGACAUUUCUUAAUAAAAACUAUCCAACAGCAGAAGAUUUCCUUUUAUCUGAUGUCAAGAAGAAGUAUAAAGAAACUUUCGGCAUUGUUAAAACAUUCGAUGUACUAAAAGAAGAAAUAGAAGCUACGAAAUUGUUUAGGAUUUCAAAUAUACAUCGUACAAUUCAUGUAAAACGCUUGUGA